AUGGCUCCCGCUGCUGCACACGAUGCCGCGGCCGUCAAGUCGGAAAACUCCAAGGCCCUCAAGGCACUUGAGGAGCUGAUGAGCAAGUUGACCGUCUCCAAGGCCCAGGACGAGAUCAACUCUGCCGCCAGCGCCAUUGCCACCUUCAUCAACGGAGACAUUGAGGAGGCUGAUGCGCCCACCAAGGCUGUUGAACUGCUCAAGAAGCAGCUCGCCAGCAAGAAGGAUGCCGUCGCCCGCGAGCGUGCCCUCGAUGCCAUCCGCGCCAUCGCCCAGCACUCGCACGUCUCCGCCGCCGUCGAGCCCUACCUCGUCGCCCUCCUGCCGAACGUGCUGGCCGCUGUCGGUGACAAGAUGAGCGGCGUCAAGGUCGCUGCCCAGACCGCCGCCGAGUCCAUCGUCGCUGCCGCGAACCCCAACGCCGUCAAGGCCAUCAUCCCUCACAUCAUCAAAUCUCUCGAGACCGCUCAGAAGUGGCCCGAGAAGAUGUGCGAUCUUAAGUGCAUCGAGGUCCUCACCAAGAGCGCCCCCGCACAGAUGGCUUUCCGUGUCCCAGACCUGAUCCCCGUCAUUUCUGGUGCCAUGUGGGACACCAAGCCCGAGGUCAAGAAGGCCGCUUACGCCACCAUGGAGACACUCUGCAGCCUCAUCUCCAACAAGGAUAUCGAGCGCUUUAUCCCCGAGCUCAUCAAGUGUAUCGCUAAGCCUGAGAACGUCCCCGAGACUGUUCACUUGCUCGGUGCCACCACUUUCGUCACUGAUGUGCACGAGCCUACCCUUGCCAUCAUGGUGCCCCUGCUCGAGCGUGGUCUCGUCGAGCGCGAGACUGCCAUCAAGCGUAAGACGGCCGUCAUCAUCGACAACAUGUGCAAGCUUGUCGAGGACCCCCAGAUUGUCGCCGCUUUCUUGCCCAAGCUGAUGCCUGCUCUCGAGAAGAACCACGACAACCUUGCCGACCCCGAGGCCCGUGAGAAGACCCGCCAGGGUCUCGACACCCUCAUCCGUGUCGGUCACGUUAAGGACGGCAAGGCCCCUGAGAUCUCAAAGGACGGCGAUGUCGAGACCGUCGCUGGCGCUCUCAAGAGCGUUAUGCCCUCCAAGUUCAAGAUCGACGACAAGUUCACUCCCGUUGUCAACUACGUUGGUGCCAUCGGUGGUCAGCUCAUCGACGAGAAGGACUACGAGCCGCUCAACUGGCAGGCUAACGCUGGUCCCUUCAUUGCCGUGCUUGUUGGCGACGAGGAGGCCAAGGACAUCACCGAUGCUCUCCGCAAGCGCUCCAUCCCCGGCGCUGCUGAGGAGGGUGCCGUUGAGCCCGAUGAGGAGGAGGGCGAGGAUCUCUGCAACUGCACAUUCAACUUGGCCUACGGUGCUAAGAUUCUGCUGAACCAGACCCAUCUGCGCCUGAAGCGUGGCCAGCGUUACGGUCUGCUCGGCCCCAACGGUUCUGGAAAGACAACCCUCAUGCGUGCUAUCAACAACGAGCAGGUCGAGGGUUUCCCUAAGCAGAACGAGGUCAAGACUGUGUACGUCGAGCACGACUUGGACUCUGCUGAUACCGAGGAGACCGUUCUUGGCUGGACUCAGAAGAAGCUGAAGUCGGUCGGCAUCGAGAAACCCGAUGAGGAGGUUCAGAACACCCUCAACGAGUUCGGUUUCACCAACGACAUGUACAACGGUUCCAUCGGAGCUUUGUCCGGUGGCUGGAAGAUGAAGCUCGCGCUUGCUCGUGCCGUGUUCGAGCAGCCCGAUAUUCUUUUGCUCGACGAGCCCACCAACCACUUGGACGUCAAGAACGUCAAGUGGCUCGAGGACUACCUCACGAACUCGCCCUGCACAUCCAUUGUCAUCUCCCACGACAGCAAGUUCUUGAACAACAUCAUCCAGCACGUUAUCCACUACGAGCGCUUCAAGCUCAAGCGUUACAGGGGUAACCUCGACGAGUUCGUCAAGCGCGUGCCAUCUGCCAAGUCCUACCACGAGCUCAGCGCCUCCGACAUGGAGUUCAAGUUCCCCGAGCCUGGUUUCCUCGAGGGUGUCAAGACCAAGGCCAAGGCCAUUCUCCGUGCCACCAACAUGAGCUUCCAGUACGAGGGUACCUCCAAGCCCCAGAUCGCCGAUAUUACCUUCCAGUGCUCGCUUGGAUCCCGUAUCGCCGUCAUUGGUCCCAACGGUGCUGGCAAGUCCACUCUCGUCAACGUCCUGACUGGUGAACUUGUCCCUACUCAGGGUGAGAUUUACCACCACGAGAACAUCCGUAUCGCCUACAUCAAGCAGCACGCUUUCGCCCAUAUCGAUCACCACUUGGACAGCACACCCUCUGAGUACAUCCAAUGGCGAUUCCAGACUGGUGAGGACCGUGAGACCAUGGACCGUGCCAACAAGAUCGUCACCGAGGAGGACGAGAAGGCCAUGGACAAGAUCUACAAGUUCCAGGACACACAACGCCGCGUCAUUGGCAUCAACUCCCGCAGGAAGUUCAAGAACUCGUACGAGUACGAGUGUUCGUUCGCCCUUGGUGAGAACGUUGGCAUGAAGAACGAGAGGUGGACUCCCAUGAUGACUGCUGACAACCUAUGGAUUCCCCGUUCCGAGAUCAUGGCUUCCCACGCCAAGAUGGUUGCUGAUGUCGAUCAGAAGGAGGCUCUUGCCAGCGGUCAAUUCCGUCCCCUUGUCCGCAAGGAGAUUGAGGCCCACUGCGCUCAAUUUGGUCUCGACGCCGAGCUCGUCUCCCACUCACGUAUGCGUGGUCUGUCCGGUGGUCAGCGUGUCAAGGUCGUCCUUGCUGCCUGCUCGUGGCAACGCCCCCACUUGAUCGUUCUUGACGAACCUACUAACUACCUCGACCGCGACUCUCUCGGUGCCCUAUCCAAGGCCAUCAAGUCCUUCGAGGGUGGUGUCAUCAUCAUCACUCACUCUGCCGAGUUCACCAAGGAUCUCACCGAGGAAGUCUGGGCUGUCAUGGAUGGUCGUAUGACUCCUUCGGGACACAACUGGGUUCAAGGACAAGGUGCCGGGCCACGCCUGGCUAAGGACGACGGAGAGGAGGUUGAGACCUACGAUGCCAUGGGUUCUGCUCUCUUCCCUUGCCGCUUGACGCAAAGCUAA